GUAUAUAAUGUAAGGACUUGACCAGUGCUGUUAAUUUUUUUUGCUAGCGCCGAAGAAUGAGAAUCAUAAAGCUGAAACCACCUGAACGUCACGUAAACAGCAGCAGCAGCAGCAGCAGAUCCGGCUGGCUAACUAACUACUGACUGCUGUGGGGAAAAUGAAGGCUGUCAGGAGCUGCCAGGCUGUCUGUGUCCGAGCCGAUCUUUAACCAUCUCCACCAGCGUUGCUCAGUUGGAUCCUGUAGCUUUUUACUGAAGACGUGCAAGUGUGAGCACACAACCUCCCACCCUCUGCCUGACUGACUGCACAAUGCACAGCUUUCCCAUGUUUACAGAAAGCAGAAAACGGCGUCACAACAGCUGUGAUGCAGAUGACGCACAAAACCUGCCCCAGGCUAAGCGGUUGGCAAGCCAGCCUUUCUUCCCUGAACUGGGCCGUGAUGUUUGGGAUUCUGAGUCUUCCAGCAGUGAUAGCAGUGGCAUUAGCACUCCAGAGAGGCUGACAGGACCGAACUCUACCAACCAGUCUACAGACCAAAAGGAAAAUUGCAUCCUGAAGGAUUCCUGCAGCUCUUCUGGUCAUUUGUUUGAAGAGCAUGCCAUCUCCUUAAAUGAUAGUGAUUCCUCUUACUGUCAUAUCAAUCGCAUCCUUAGAAAUGCCCAUUUCAGUAGCCUGCAAUCUCGAGGACAGCCAGGGCCAACAUGACCACCUCCGGCUCUGUUAACACCCAACACCCAGGGGCUAAAAGCUCAGUGCAUUGGAAACCCCUCAGGAGGGGAAUCUUUUGUCACUGUAUGUCUUCAGCCCUGGAACCUCCAACAUGAGGUUAUGUCCUCACUAGCCAUUCAGAUUAAUUCAUUUGGUGUCCGCUAGCACUUUUCUAUUUUCAUAAAAUGUGUGAACGUUUGUUGUUUUCAUGUUCAUCAUGAUCUCUGCUUGGGUGCUACAGUACAAAAGGAAACCUCAAAUGGCACUAAAGUGCAUGUAAUAUUAUGUAACCUUAUCCCUUUUACUCAACCAGGCAAAUAUACUUGGUGCUACAUGUUAAACAAUACAGUAAAGAGGGGAAUGCAUUAAGCAGCCUUUGUAGGUGGUGCACCCAGAAAUCAGUGAGCAAAGUGUGAAAUGGAAGGAUGGGGGAGGGGGAAAUAUGUAGGCAAAUGAUGUACCAAGGACCUCUGGGAGUGUGUAGUUAGUGUACCUAAGCACAUGGGAGUAUUCUUGCAGUCUUUCUGUACAACACAGGUUCUUAAACACUGGACCUGGAGUACAUCCUGCUCUGUACAUUUAGUGUUUUUUGUUUUCCUGCUGAAACACACCCUCUUCAACUCAGGAAGGGCUUCUUAAUUAUCUGGUUAUUUGCAUCAGGUGGGCUAAAAACAGAGAAAACACUGAAAAUACAAAGGGCAGGGAGGUAUUACAGGAUUAUUGUUGGGAACCACUGAUGUGAAAGAUUGCAGAAUAACUCCACAAUAUUAUUUGCCUGCUCUAGUCUGUUCACAGAAGAUCUGAAAAAGUAUUAUUAAUAUAUAAUUAGCCAUAGUUUAAUUUCUUCAGAAAGCUUUUGGAGCUCAAUUAUAUCAUAUCAUAUUAACAUCUCAGGCAUUGGAAUUUCAGUCUUAUGUGCCAUGAAGCCAAGCUUGACGAGUUGUUAACUAUAAUACAGACCUGUGGGAAACAAGGUUUAGGUUUCCAGUCGCAAACUGUCAGUUGCAAAGUACAGACUACAGCACUGUAUCUUAAUAUUAGGAAAUGCAAGCUUGCACUACUCUAUAAAUGUAGUGGAGUUGGAUUAUUGCAUCAUGAACAUCUUGAAAUAUAUGUUCGACUCAGGUCUGCUGUGAAGUACUCUUUGUGUGGUGACUUUAGAAACUACCUUCAAUACAUAUUUUGCACAGUGAAGGCUGAGUAAAGUUUUUUAUUUUAUUAAAGUGCUCAUUAUUGAAUUUUGACACAACACAACUUAAAGAGCCUAAAUGAACUAAAUGUACUUACAGUAGGUCAUUGGGUUCCAUGUAAUAAUAUGAUUCACAAAUCUCCUAGGAACAGACGACGGAAAUGCUUAGCCCUAAAAUUAGCCUUCUUAACCUGGCACCCAGGGUCUCCAGUAACACCAUCAGUCAUGAGAAGCAUGGGAUGGUUUUAGUACCUAUGGCUUUACUUGUGCAAGUAUAUGGGGUUUUAACUCACCUAUACUUAGCUGUUGUGUGAUGUGAUAUAUAAAUUUUAUGUUUUACCAUGACAUACAGUGACCAGGAUUCUUCUUAAAAUCAUUUCAUUUAUGGAAUAUAAUUUACAGAUAACGCUCACAAAUUCUGACCAGACCAGGCUUUAGCAAGAUUACAGCGCAAGUAAUAUGUUUUUGGCCUGAGGCCACAAUCUAGCAUCCAGGUCAAAUUAUUAGUGUAAAGUUUUGUGCUUGUAUAUGAAGGGCACUGAUCUGACCCUUUACUUGUCGUGCACUAUUCUGAAACACUGUGGUUUUGUCCAUGUGAACGACUAUCAGCUUUUGAUGAUAAUCAUUACAAUCACUUUCAUGUUUUUAUGUCGAAUUGUACAUAACACAUAGCUAGCAUAUUUACAUUUUGGAUCAUUGUUAUUUUAUGAAAUUGUCCUAACAAUAUUCAAAAUAAAAGAUUUUUUUGUA